GGCUUGCCUUCAGCGCUGACGAAAGCUGCUUAACCCUCCUAGUUACCAUAGAGACUGUCAGGCGCAGCCACCAGUGAGAGAGUGAGAGCGAGGGAGAGAGAACACCAACAAGCGACGGCAGCGAUAGCAGGAAGGAAAGCAGUGGUUAGAGACAGGGUAAAAUAACAGAGGAAAAGCAGAGAAAGAAAAACAACAUCGCUGGAAAGAUGGAGGUACAGACUGAAUGCAGUGAACCACCUCCAUGCGACCCCCAGCCACCGGGAAAGCUCAACAAAGCUGCCUUCAAGCUGUUCAGCAAGCGCAAGUCCGGCAGCAGCAUGCCGAGCAUCUUCUCAGUCAGGAACAAAGGAGAGGGCGCCGGAAAAGCCUCUGGCAAGCCGCUGGAACUUGUUAGGAGCAAAACCCAUGAUGGCUUAAUAACAGACACUCCCUCGGUGCUUGACGGCCACAGGAAAGAUGAAUCUGCCAGCAGCGACCAGCUUCACGCAGGAACGCCAGAUGGUGUGUCCAACGCCCCCCUACGCAGCUCCAUCACCAAGUCUUUCAGCUUCUUCUCUCUACUGCGGCGUAGCAGCAGCCGUGCAGGAGAUGGGAAUACUACGGUAGGACGGCGGGGACGUGGAUUAAAGGGACUUUUUAGCAGCAUGCGUUGGCGCCGGAAACCUCAGGCUCAAGAUUACUCAGGUGAGGUGCAGGAGGCGGCCAAAGAGGGGAAGGAGGGAGAUCUAUUACCUUCCGCUUCCUCUGACAACACGAAAACAGAGAAGGACAUGACUCUUACUCUCGAGCCCUUACCGCAAGUUUUUGAGGAAAGUAGUCUCCCAGGGGACACCGGGAAAUGGCAGGGAACAUCUAUGCAGGAAUUACAGGGAGCUAAUGAAGUGGACUGUGACACGUGUAGUCUUUCACAACAACAUCCAGUCACUGAGGAGUCUCCACCUCCUUCUCCACUGCGAGACCAGGCAGGGGAACUUCAGCACAGUGAUUCAACGCACCUGUCCUCCAUACCGUCCUGCGCUUUGACCCCUCCAGUGGAACAUGGCACAGUCGACCCACCUGAACAAUCUGUCGAUCGCUUAUGCUCCAUGUUCACUGAUGUUACUUCCCUUAAAAGCUUUGAUUCUUUAACAGGCUGUGGUGACAUCAUCGCUGACCCAGAAGAGGAUUCUGGGAAUGGGGCAAGUGCCACGAGCAGUGGAACGGGUAGCGGUAGUGGGGGCUGUGUGGGUCACAGGCUAAAUGGAGCUGGGAUGAACUCUGAGAGAUGCUCACCUGCCAAGCCUCCGCUUCCUCCUCAGGUCAGUAGUUUAUCAUCCAUUCAAGCUUCUUGCUACAUCCAAAGAGCACGUGCGGCCCCUAAAAAGCCUCAGGGCAGUGGGGUUGUUGCCUACAUGGGUGGAGGAGAAGAGAUGGCUAGUCCUGAAGGUGUUGAUGAUGCAGAUAUGCAGGGACUGUGGCACAUGUUGCCCCAAAAGGGUGAAGACUCCCCAGCCUUACGUCGUCCAGAGCCCGUCCUACAUCAUGUGCAAACCCGAUUGGACAAGAAGACCCCACCAGUGAAGGCGCUUGGACUCAGUAAAAUCCCUGUGAGUGGUUGUAAGGUGGAAAAAAAACAGCAGACUGCACGUCCUUCCCCUCCCCCUGUCGAAAAAGACCUCCAGGAUGCUCCACCCAGUGAUGAAGGUUACUGGGACUCUCCAACACCUGGACCUGAAGAUGAGGAAAGCAGCUUCCUUCGGCGGGACGGCCUUAUGAGGGACAGCUGCUCUGGAGAUGCGCUCUACGACCUCUACGAUCCUGACAGCCCUAGUGCCGCUGGGUCUGACGACGAUGUAAGUUCGCCUACAAAAUCUUCAGGUGAUUUUAAACUGAACUCUUCUUCCCAGAAAUCCUCGUCUUCCUCUUCUCCCUCCUUCCGUUCCAUGAAAGGCAGCACAAGCCUACCUCGAGAUUCCAAGAUUCCCAUUAGUGUCAGACCAACUCCGCCUUCCCACUCUUCAAGCCAAGGAGCGCUGUCUUCAAAUCUUAGUCCCACUUCAAAUAGCCCCUCUAAAAAGACUGAUGCCCCACCACGCACUCGAAUCCCUGUCUCUAAGGUUCCUGUCCGUCGUUCCGGCAACAAGAGUGCUUCCAGCACACAAAGCAGGAAGUAAAGAGCUUGGAGACCUAUCAGAUGUUUUUGACAUAGGAAAUCGUUCACCUAGAGCUUUAGGCCAAAACAAAUGUACUUAAUAUGAAGCAAUCAACUUCUACUUUGGUUACAUUCAUUUAUGGAGGACUCUCAAACUUUCAGAGUUUCUUUAUAUACAUUUUUUUUGUGAUUUUACACAUAUUGCAAACUACCUUUGUAGUUAGCCCUACAAUAUUUAACACAUGACAUUCUUAGUAAGCUUGUAAGGUUUUUGAAUACCAGCCUUCGAAAAAAGCAUGAUAUGAUGACAAUGCUGAUAGUAAAAGAAUGUUUAAAUCAAAAAAGCUUCUUAUUCAGAGAAGUUCUCUCUAAAAAGUUCCCUUCGAUUCAACUUGGGAAUUUCUGGCUCAUUCAUCCAAUAAGCCCUUAGCACUGUGUUAAAUGCAGCUGCAAUCUUCAUCUCUCCAAGAUUUUACGAAACAUUUUGGAGUGCAACUGUGCAAGACGAAGCCAGAUCGAGCACUUCUGACACACCUAAACAAAGCUGCACGGACUUGCACACUCGAACCGGAUCAGGGAGCACAGCCUUCAGACACUUUUUGUAUCAUAAAAUGUGACUUCCUAUUGGUGUGAGGACAUUUCUUAUUACCGAAUCUUCACAUUUCUUACUCUUUUAUAUUGUAUAAGGACUUCCCUGUGACCUCACUGUGAAUAUGUGGCACUGCUUGUUUUGUCUUUUGGAAAAUACAACUUGCAAAAAACGGAUCAUAAGAAUCUCACUUCUUACUGUAAUCUCUCACUAACUGGACAUACUGAGCUGGACAUUUUGAAUGUAGCAUGACAUUAAGCACAGGUCUGUUUUAUUGCCUGCUUAAAGCUCUAUAAAUGAGAGAGAUAUGAACAAGCCCAUAUAAAUUAUGAGUUAAUUGUCUUCCACUAUUUGGCUCUUCUGGACAUCCAGGUAUCCUGCUCUCAGAUUCAGACUGGGCAUUCAUAUGUCAUCAUGUAAGAACUGGGGUUGAUCCACUAUUGUCAAAAGUUUUCUACUUUAAAGUUUUUGUUUUUAAACACCACUAUGUUUGUAAGUUGAAUUGUUCCCUUUCUUUAAAUUGUUCUUUAUUUAAUGAAUAAAAACGCACUUUGUGUGCCAGCCGGUGGAAGUCUAUUUCAGAAAGUGUGCAUUAUUUUCACCCACACACAGCGGGGACAUGCGGGGAAGCUUGACCGGGCUCAGAUGUUAGCUUAGUUUUUAAUCGCAGAGAUGCAAAAGGGCAUCAUGGUUGCUGUUUUGCAGCCAGUCACAGUCUGCCGGACUGGGAUUUAAAUUGUCCCGUGAGGCAGAAGAUCAUGGGUGUGGGUUGAUUUGUCGGCGUGGGGCUACAUGCAAAUCUGGGUGGUUUACUUAGAGGAGAAUUAUGGGCUUCUAUUGUCAUACAUCUGUUACUAAUGUGGUUUUAAAGAUGAUGUAAAAGAAAUGUGUGGAGAGAAUACAGAUAAGAGCUCGACUUAUUCAUUAAGGAUGUGUGUGUGUGUAUGAAUAGGGGGAUUUGGUGCAGUCCCCACAGUAAUGGUGCAGCAAAAACAUUUACUCCUGAAUAGGUCUCUGGCUGCAGUGUUUGGCUUCUUAUGUAAAGCCCUUACGUAACACUAUAACCCUCUGAUAUCAUCCUCAUACCGGAGAGAACUGGUUGUGUACUAUUAACCAUCAUGGUUUAAUAAAUGAAUUCUGAAUUAGCCAUAACUGUGUUAGCCACAUCUGGCAUUGCCCUUCAAUGCGUUUAAUCUGUGUGUAGGGCAGCUGAAUGACACAUUACUGCUGUAUGCAUAAGGAGAGAUGAGAGUGUGUAUGUGUGAGUAAUGGUUAGGUGACCUAGUUUUCAAAGACCUGAUUUUUUAAAUGAGUUAGGGGGAAAUGGUUGACAGACUGUGAGAUAAACAAACAAACAAAUCAAUAAAAAGACUGUGGUGUUACUAUUGGACAGUGAUGGUAAUGUUA